AUGGGGAGCAGGAGCAGAGGAGGGAGUGGCAGCGGCUACCGCUUGCUCUUCCCCUUCCUCCUCUUGCUCCACCUCCUCUCUCUUCACUCCGCAGCAGGCCCGUCGGUGGUGGUGUCGGCGGCAGGGUCCGGCGAGCCGUACGUGGGCGUGACGAUCGGCACGCAGGUGACGAACCUGCUGUCGCCGUCGGACCUGGCGUCGUUCCUGCGCGCGCAGCGCAUCACCCGCGUGCGCCUCUACGACGCGGACCCGCGGCUGCUGUCGGCGCUGGCCGCCUCGGGGGUGCGCGCCAUCGUGGGGGUCCCCAACAACGAGCUCCUGGCGCUGGGCUCCUCCCCGGCGACGGCCGCCUCCUGGGUCUCCCGCCGCGUGCUCCCCUUCGCGGGUGUCAACUCCAGCACCCCGAACGUCAUCUCCGCCAUCGCCGUCGGUGACGAGGUGCCGACCGCGCUCCCCUCGGCGCUGCCCGUGCUACUCCCGGCCAUCCAGUCCCUGGCCGCCGCGCUAGCUGCCGCCAACCUGUCGUCCAUCCCGGUGUCGACGCCGCUGCCUUUCUCCGUGGUGCUGGACCCGUUCCCGCCGUCGCAGGCCUUCUUCAACCAGUCCCUGGCCAAGUCGUUCGUGGCCCCGCUGCUCGCCCACCUCGCCAACACCUCGGCGCCGCUGAUGCUGAACCUGUACCCGUACUACUCGCUGAUGCAGAACAAGGGCGUGAUCCCGGUGGACAACGCGCUGUUCCGGCCGCUGCCGCCGUCGCAGGAGAUGGUGGACCCCAACACGCUACUCCACUACACCAACGUGUUCGACGCGAUGCUGGACGCAGUGCGCGUGGCCGUGCGGAACCUGAACGCCACGGGCGGCGCGAGCGUGCCGAUCCUGGUGACGGAGACGGGCUGGCCGUCGUACGGGGACCGGCGCGCGGAGCCGUACGCGACCAGGGACAACGCGGACGCGUACAACUCCAACCUCAUCAAGCACGUGCUGGAGGACAAGCCCGGCACGCCCAUGGCGCCCGGCGCGCAGUCCAGCGCCUACAUCUACGAGCUGUUCAACGAGGACCUCCGCCCAGGCCCCGUGUCGGAGGCGAACUGGGGCCUGUUCUACGGGAACGGCACCCCGGUGUAUCUCCUCCACGUGUCCGGCGCCGACGGGUUCCUGGGGAACGACACGACCGACCGGACCUUCUGCGUGGCCGCCGACGACGCGGACGAGAAGGCGGUGCAGGCAGGCAUGGACUGGGCGUGCGGCCCCGGGCGCGCCGACUGCACGGCGAUACAGCCCGGGCAGGCGUGCUACCAGCCCGACGACGUGCGCAGCCACGCGUCGUUCGCGUUCGAUGCCUACUACCAGUCCCAGGGCCGCGCCGCCGGAUCGUGCUACUUCCAGGGCGCCGGCAUGGUCACCACCGUGGAUCCGAGUCAUGACAGCUGUUUAUUUCCUGGAAGUAAGCUGCUGAGCAACAGCACUGGAUCUGGCAGCACGAACACAUCUAUGACGCCCACAAGUGAUGCGGAGGGAUCUGCGAUAUGGAGACUAAGAACUGGAAGGGACAAAGGGUUCUUGCUCUUCCUUCAGUUGGUACUUAGCAUUGCGGUGGUUAUCGUGGUGGAUUCGAACUUUUGGACAUGA